UCAAUGCUCUCCAUAGUUUAAAUAAAAGUUGUGCCAAGAGGAGUGCAUUUCAAUGCAAUGGCAUGUCAUGGAUAAAAAAAAUUAUUUUAUUGGGACCUAUUUUGCCCUACCCCAGAUUUGGUCAACUAAUCAUGUGAUUUUCUUAUUCAAUGGUGGACAGAACAGAACAUCAAGAAUCUAUAUACAACCUUUAAAAACAGUUUUUGAUGUUUAUGUGUGUUCUUCAAAGUGGUUUGUCAUGUAGUUCUAGGUGAAUACAUUAUUUACUAACUUAGGAUUACUUAAUCAGAUGCUUUUUUGGCCAGCCCGCUAAUGAGAGAGAAAGAUUCUCCCGCCUAAAGCCAUGGCCCUAAAAUGUAAUUUCUCUGCUAAACUUUUCUACGCUCCAAAUUUCUCCUAUUCAGCCUACUUCUCCCGAUCCUGUCUUCUUUCUUCACCAAAAAUUGACUGCAAUUUUCCAUACCAGUUCCGCUCUUCUUCUUCAUCAGUUCUCUCUCCUGAAGUCAUCUUGCUCAUAUGUGCUGUGAAUCAGAGGUAAACUCUCUUUGCUCUUCUGAAGUUUCAGCCGCACGAUCCACUCACCCAUAUCCACGCCUCAAGUUUGUUCAACGCAUCUAUCGUCAUUUCCCCACACCAUUUCACAUAUUUCUACAUCUCAUCUAUUACCUUCAUCGAGAACCAGACUUCAAUCGUCCUCAUCAGAAAUACCUGAGUUUAGAUUUUGUUCACUCCAUAUUCUCCUCUCCUUUAUCAGAAAGCAUGGGAGUUCAAACGCCUGCAGCCGAAUAUCUCCGUUCAGAAUUCUCUCUUCUUGCUCUCCAUAAACAAUCAGAGUUUAGAAACCUUUCUAUUAUGAGGUGAUAUAUGAAGAUUGAUGCCUUGAGAGCGCUCCUAGAAGACUUUUAGAGUAGCCUCGUUUAGAAUAAACUCUGUUAGAUUUCAUUAUUUCAAAUGUUGAAUUUAGUAAUUGCUUUAGAUACAUUUAUGGUGGAUAGCCUUAGCAUCCAGUCAGUUUAGGCUGGGUGUGGCGGUAACACGCCCCUUAUUCUUGUUAUUGCUUAUUUCCGCUGCAAACAAUUUGAAAGUUCUGAAUAAAUAAUAAAAGUUUAUUUC